CAAACAAAACGAUGGAUUAAAUAGAGUCUAGAAGAAUUUCAUCUAUUGAAAAAACUUAACAAAGAGAUAGAUGGACUCUUGAGGAAGAUAAUUUACUACGUUAAACUAUAAAGAAAUGUGGAACAAGUUGGUGUUAAGUGGCAUAAAGUUUUCCAAACAGAAAUCCUAAUUCUUGUAUAUAGAGAUGGAAAAGAUUAAAGGGAAAAAAUGUAAAGAAUAUUUCUUAAAUUAGAAAAAAAAAAAAGUGAAAUGGACAUUGAGUGAAGAUAAUUUACUUUCAAAAUUGGUUCAAACUUAAGGAAAAAGAUGGAAUGAGAUUUCUAAAAACUUUAUAGGGAAAACAAAUAAAUAAUGUAUGGAGAGAUACAACAAUAGUCUGAAUCCUAAUUUAAAUAAAAAUCCUUUUACAGCAGAAGAAGAUGAGUUUAUUUACUAAAACUACAUAAGUAUAGGAUCUAAAUGGUCUUAAAUAGCAUUAUAAUUAAAUGGAAGAACGGUACUCUGUUUUUAUUAUUUAGUCCAGCAAAACUAGGUAAAAAAUCGAUUCUAUUCAUGUAUUCUUACAUCACACUUAGAUGUUUAAAACCCAUAUUACACAAAACUUUCAUCUGAACAAGCAAAAGAAAUUUUAACUAAAGCCAGAUAGGAGCAUAAAGGAAAAUUGCUUUUAGAAAAUGUCAAUCUCAAUAAAGAAUUUGAAUAAAGCUAAUUAAACUUUAUGGCUUGUGAUAGUCAGUCAUUCUAGGUUGAAGAUGAUGAUUUCUAUUCUAAUUUUCACACACUUGCAUGAAGAAGUUAAGAAC